AUGUCCUUGGCCAGCUUUCUAUACAGCCAACUCAUCCGACGGCUGCCCUACCCAUCAGGCUCGCACGCAGACCAGACGGUCAUCGUCACGGGCAGCAACGUCGGUCUGGGUAAAGAAGCAGCGCGACACUUUGCCCGGCUCCACGCCAAAAAGGUGAUACUCGCCGUGCGCAGUCUCGAAAAGGGACAGGCCGCCAAGGAAGAAAUCGAGAGCAGUCUACGAGAUGCAGGCGGCGCAGAUGGCCCGACGGAGGUGCAGGUCUGGCAGCUCGACAUGGCCAGCUACGCCUCUGUCGAGAAGUUUGCCGCCCGCGUAGACUCGGAGCUGAGCCGCGUAGACGUCCUUGUCGCCAACGCGGGCAUCGCACCAGGCAGCUACUACACCGCCGAAGGCAACGAGAGCAUGAUGACGGUCAAUGUCGUGUCGACCUUCUUGCUCGCCGCGCUGGUCCUCCCCAAGAUGAAGGAAUCGGCGAGGCGGUUCGGCAUCAGACCUACCCUGACCAUCACCUCGUCGGGCGUGCAUGCCGCAGCCGCGGAUCUCGUUACGCGGGCCGCCGCGGCGGGAGAGCUGUGGCCGCUGGUCAAUGACCGGCAGACGGUCGAGACGCGCUUUGCAAUGCAGUACCCGGCUUCCAAGCUGCUGGAGAUAUUUGGCGUCAGGGCCAUAGGCGAGCAGAGCCCCGCGGCCAAGUUUCCCGUCACCGUGAACUGUGUCAACCCUGGCCUUUGUCACUCGGAGCUGGGCCGUGAUUAUCCGACCUGGGGGUUUUGGUUCUUGAAGCUGGUCUUGGCGCGCUCCGCCGAGGUCGGGAGCAGAAAUCUGGUUGCUGCGGCUUCGAUGGGCCAAGAAUCCCACGGCAAGUAUGUGUCUGAUUGUGUGGUCACUGAGCCGUCGGCGUUUUUGGGGAGUGAGGACGGACGCAAGGUGCAGAAGAUGUUUUGGGGGGAGUUGACGCAGAAGUUGGAGGAGAUUAAGCCUGGUGUUGCUGGGAACUUUUUGUAA